ACUGUUCUUUCCUUCUUCAUAUCGGUUAAUCGUGUUUCUCUGUUUUUACUGUUUCUGGAUCCGUAUUCUAGAAGCUUUCUUCUUUUCUCUCACACUUUUGCUCGCGACCUUCUGAACUCUCUCUACCAUUGAUAGGAAUUUUCAUGCUUUUCUUUUUGGAUCAAUGCUCUCUCUUCGUUUUUAUUAUUAUUUUUGGUAUGAAAAUAGAUUCUCGUCUAUUAAGUUGAUUUCAACGACAGAACGUGUUACAUUUUGUAAGGACUGCAGAGUUGAUGAGAGGAUUGGUAAGCCGUGAGAACAUGUUGUUGAGAAGCAUAGUCCGUGAACUCAAGGAGAUGAGAGAUGGAAUAGGAAGCACAUCUAAGCGAAGUGCAGAAAGCAAGCUUCGGCUCAGUCGAACAAAGUCACAUAUUGCUCCAGAUGUUCUUGCAACUACAUUUGAAUUUAUUCAACAGGGACAAUGGGCAAAUCUUCCACAAGAAUUGCUUUUUGACAUAAUCCAGAGGGUUGAAGAGAGUGAAACAUCUUGGCCUGACCGAGCUGUUGUUGUCUUCUGUGCUUCUGUAUGUAAAUCUUGGAGGUCGAUUACAAAAGAGAUUGUCAAGACUCCUGAACAAUGUGGAAGGAUCACAUUUCCUAUUUCAUUGAAGCAGCCUGGUCCACGUGAUUCUCCAAUACAAUGCUUUAUAAGGAGGAACAAAGAAAGUUCUACAUAUCUCUUGUACUUUGGUCUGGUACCAUCAGAGAAUGACAAUAACAAGUUGUUAUUAGCGGCCAAAAGGAUAAGAAGGGCAACAGGCACUGAUUUUAUCAUAUCCUUGGCCACAGAUGAUUUUUCUCGAGCCAGCAAUAAAUAUGUUGGUAAACUGAGGUCCAAUUUUUUGGGUACCAAGUUCACCAUAUAUGACAGCCAACCUCCCCAUGAUGCUGCAAUUCAACAAAAUUGUCAAUCUAGUAGAAGAUUUCAUUCUAAGCAGGUGUCACCAAGAGUUCCAGCUUGUAGCUAUCUUGUUAGCACAGUUUCCUACGAGCUGAACGUCCUUUGCACUAGAGGGCCGAGAAGAAUGCAUUGUGUCAUGAACUCUAUUCCCGUCUCAGCAAUUCAGGAAGGGGGCAACGCCCCAACUCCGACUUCUUUCCCUCAAAUAUUUGAUGAACCUUUUUCUCCAUCACCAGCAGCGAAAGAAAAAGUUCCAGUCCCCGAUUUAAACUCUGCAAGCUUAUCAGAGCCACUAAUAUCGACCCAAGUUUCAACUGAGCAAUUAGAACUGAAAAACAAGGCUCCACGAUGGCAUGAGCAGCUACAGUGCUGGUGCCUAAAUUUCAAGGGCCGUGUGUCUGUGGCUUCUGUUAAAAACUUUCAGCUUGUAGCUGCUGUUGAUCCAUCUCAUAACGUUUCUGCUGAGGAGCAAGACAAGGUAAUCCUGCAAUUUGGAAAGAUUGGAAAAGACAUAUUCACCAUGGAUUACCGUUAUCCGCUCUCUACCUUCCAAGCCUUUGCCAUCUGCUUGAGUAGCUUUGACACUAAACCAGCCUGUGAAUGAGAUUCAUCACUUCAACUUGAUCAUCAUCUGCUGAGUUGUUGAUUGUCAAUCAUGGUGGCAUGCAGCUGAAAUUUAGCUGUUCAGCCUGUGGUAACCUUCCCUUGGAUCGGUUGUUGAUUCUGGAAUUUGUUCAAUUUGUUAUCUCCUGGUCGCCUAAAAUGAAAUUGUAUGAAGUUUAACGAUUUGUGUAAUAUAUGGUCGGGGUAUUCCUCCCUCACAAAUGUUUUGAUUUGUUUAAAGAGCUUAAUGGCCAUGCCUUAUUAAUAUAAACAACAUUACACUAUCAAUCAAUCGAUCCGAAAUUUGCA